AUGAUUGACGACAAUGAGACUUUUGAUGGAACUUUUCCAUUUAAGCCUCACUUUUCAGUAGUCCCAGCGUUUAAGAUGCACUACGUCGAUGAAGGACAAGGCCUCACAAUUAACUACAGAGUUAUUGUACUCGAUUUUAUGGGAUUCUGCAAAAGCGAGACUCCAAAUGUCGAGUACACAGCGAAGAGACAUACAGAAAAUUUGGAGAUUCUCGUCAACGAACUUAAUCUGCACGAAAUUACUCUUGUCGUGCACAACUGGGGUGGCCAGAUUGGCGGAGCUUUGGCAAUCAGGCAACCACAGUUGAUUCGCCGUAUCGUGGUCAUGAACACCAUGCUGUCGAUGGGAGAAACUCCAGAAGAUGAAUGCUUUGAGAAGAAUGAAAAGGAAUCGGCGUGGUUUGGCUGGGCGGAUCGAGAGAUGGCUGAUGGGGCCUUUGAACCAGUACUGAGGUCGUCCGGGGUAGCCAUUGUGGGAUUAAUGAAGCUACUCCAAGAAUUUGAACGUAAUGAGGCGUCUAAAGCGUUUUUCCGCGCAUAUUCACUGCCUUUCGCAACACCAGACGAAUGCCACGGUGUCCUUGCUUUUCCGAAGAGCAUUGUUACAGGAAGUUUCAAGCCAGAGAAGGGAACCCCUGAAAACGUGGAGGCGGUCAAGGCUAAACCGGCCAUGAUGAUUUACGGCAUGAAGGAUAAGGUUCUGCUGGCAAAAUACGUUAUUCCAGUCUUCAAAGCCGCACUUUCCAAUGCGCCCAUCCAUCAUCUAGAGAACGCAAGCCACUUUCUGCUGGAGGAUACACCAGAGGAAAUCGCAGAGCUGAUUCUUUCCUUCAUCAAGAGCACAUAA